ACCAAGCAUUAACAUCAGAGCUUUGGCAGAGUCUUAGAGAGAAGGACAGACAGCAGGGAAGAGGGCCAGUGCGGAGCAGGACCAUCCUGGACCAAGGAAGUCAUGGAUUUCCCCCCACAGCUCUCUCCCGGGUUUCAGCUAGUGCUCUGGAUGACCACAAUAGCUGCUUUUUCUAUCCGAUCAGAUGAGAAAACCUCUGCUUUUCUCUAUUCACCCCCUAAGCUAUCUCCAAGCAAGAAUCGAAUGAUUUCUUCUGAUCAGUCUUCCUAUCCAGAAAUCCCAUGUAACUUGGGGUGGAACUGUUCCUGGGUCACGUCUUCCAAUGCUGCGGGAAAGCCGGACUGGUUGCUGUCUUCAGUUGUCUCUCUGAUGUCUCAAGAAGAUCAGCGGACUGUGGAAAACAGCUCAUCCAACAGAGAUCUAGAAGAGGAUAUUCUUCUUCUGAACACUAGCAAACUCACAGGCAGGUGCAAAUUCAGCCUCCGCAGCCCUAUCUUGCCUUGGAGCUCUAGUUCCUGUCUGUUGGAGCUGGCCGUGUAUUCAAAGGGCACCUCUCUCAGAGGACUCUCUGCUGAAAUGAAAUAUGUGGACACAAAUCAAACUAUAGCCAUCCAUCUUCAAAAAGGACAUGAACAAGAUGCAUGGGUGAAAUGGAAAGUACUGAUCGGUUCAAUUGGGCAAAUGGAAAGGCCCUUUGAGAUCACGUUGCUGUAUUCAAACUGUAGAGAAAAAAGAACUGGGCUUUUGGCAAUAGGCUCGUUGCAACUCCGAAACUGUUUUCAUGACAAAGAAGGGCUACACCUUUCCAAGUAUGAUGAGGGCUCCAUUGUCCCUUGCCCACAGGGGGGCUGUGUUAGCCAGCUCCAGGUCUGUGAUUUCAGCACGGAUUGUUCCUCCAAGGGAGAUGAUGAGUAUUUCUGUGCAGACACUUUACCGGAAGGUGCACAUUGUUCUUUUGAGGGGGGUCUCUGUGGCUGGAUGUUGGAUCACAACCUGAACCUUUCCUGGACUCUUGCUGGAAAUUCAAAUUCCCAGGAAGAUCUGCUUAGAGGAUCUGCCUUGCUCACCACUGGAGGUCACUAUCUGUAUCUUCACAUAGAUAGCAAUCACACAGGUGGUGUUGCCAAGACGAUUAGUCCUAAUUUCCCAGCCAGUUUUGCCAGUGGAUCUUACCAGGUGCAGUUCUCAGCAUACAUUUUUGGCAGUUAUAAUGGCACUAUUUCACUCAUUGUCCAAGAACAGACAAACGAAACUAGUGCUACAUCGCUAAUGUGGGAAAGAACAGGGAGCUGGAGUGAUCACUGGUUUCUUAUAACAUUGGAUAUGCCAAGGCUUCAGAACAGCUUCCACCUGCAGCUGGUGGCAACUUGGGGCUGGAAUUCACAAGCUGACAUUGCUGUAGACAAUAUUACAUUUGGCCAAGAUUGCUUCUCUAAUGGAAGAAGAGAAAGCCAUCCUGAUGAAAACCAACAUUACCAAUUGGACAUUGACACACUGGAUGAGCGUCUCUUUAAUCCAUUAGAAGAACCCCUUGCUUUAGGUGAGGCACCAGAUACUCCUUGGUGGUUCUCAUCUUGUGGGGCUAGUGGCCCUCAGGGGCCAACUCAAGCACAAUGCCAUAAUGCCUACCAUAACAGCAAUGUUUCAGUGACUGUUGAGAAAGAGGGGCCACUACGUGGGGUCCAAAUAUGGAAAGUACCAGAAUCAAAGCAGUACAUGAUUUCAGCAUAUGGAGCAGCUGGAGGUAAAGGAGCCAAGAACCACAACAAGCGCUCCCAUGGGGUCUUCAUUUCAGCCAUCUUCAAACUGGAGAAAGAUGAGCUCCUCUACAUCUUGGUGGGGCAACAGGGAGAGGAUGCCUGCCCAGGGGCCAACUCUCAGACAAUGCAGAUCUGUCUGGGCGAAUCAUCAGAAAUUGAAGAAGAAUACAAGAAAGAAAAGGGACUAACUGAAUGGGCCGGAGGAGGGGGCGGGGGCGGAGGAGCCACUUACAUCUUUCGGAAGAAGAAUGGCGCUUUUGAACCUUUGCUCAUUGCGGCAGGAGGUGGAGGGAAGGCUUACAUGAAAUACCAGGAAGGCUCCCUUGACGAUGAGUUCUUGGAACAGUAUGUCAAUAAUACAGCAGUACCUGGAAUCAGUGGGAGAACUGGGGCAGCAGGUGGAGGUGGAGGCUGGGAAGGCGCCAUCCAGGUUCCUUGGGCUGGGAAAUCGCUUCUAGAAGGUGGAGAAGGUGGGGAGGCCUGCCCGCAAGCAUUACAAAAACUUCAGUGGGCCACCUCAGGUGGUUUUGGUGGUGGAGGAGGAGCCUGCACAUCCGGAGGUGGUGGUGGAGGCUACAAAGGUGGCCAUGCCUUUGAAACAGAUGACAUCACAGCCGACGGGCAGGACGGCGUUUCUUUUGUCAAUCCAAUCGGGGAGGUCUUCUUGAGUCCCUUGGCAGUGAUAGAGAGUCAUGGGGAAGUGAUCAUUGAAGUCUAUGUAAACUGCAACCAUUGCCAAUCGGGUCUCUGCAAACGAGCUCCUGACACCCAUUUGCCGAUCUGUAUUUGUCAGGAUGACACUGUCUUGGCCAGUGACAAUAUCUCAUGCAUAGAGCUUCGUGGGCCCAUCUUGGAGGGACGUUUGCCUCUUCCUCUUCUCUUGGCUGUGAUUGCUAUUGUAGUGGUGCUUGGGAUGGCUCUCACGUGUGGCACCCUAUCAUUUGUGUAUCACCGUAAGAAGCAGCAGCUGGAAGGGGCCAGAGCCCGACUGCAAAGCCCAGAAUAUAAUCUGAGCAAAAUCCGGACUUCCACCAUCAUGACAGAUUAUAACCCCAACUACAGCUUUGCAGGGAAGGCAGCUACUCUCAGUGAACUUAAGGAGAUCCCACGGAAGAAUAUCUCCCUGCUUCGGGCACUUGGACAUGGAGCAUUUGGUGAAGUUUACAAAGGAACAGUGGUAGGAAUCACAGCAGAUCAUAGUCCGUUACAAGUGGCUAUCAAGACAUUGCCUGAAAUAUGUUCUGAGCAGGACGAGAUGGAUUUCCUAAUGGAAGCACUGAUAAUCAGCAAGUUCAAUCACCAGAAUAUUGUACAAUGUAUUGGAGUAAGCCUCCAGACCUUGCCUCGCUUCAUUCUUUUGGAGCUUAUGACUGGUGGAGAUAUGAAAAGCUUCCUUCGGCAGAACCGGCCUCGGGUGAAUCAGCCAUCUACUUUGACAAUGCAGGACUUGCUUGACAUAGCAAGGGACAUCGCUUGUGGUUGCAAGUAUCUUGAGGAGAAUCAUUUCAUCCAUAGGGAUAUAGCUGCAAGAAAUUGUCUUCUGACCUGCACGGGGCCUGGACGAGUAGCUAAAAUUGGUGACUUUGGAAUGGCCCGAGAUAUCUAUAGGGCAAGCUACUAUCGCAAAGGAGGGCGAGCCAUGCUUCCCGUCAAGUGGAUGCCCCCAGAGGCAUUCCUGGAAGGCAUCUUCACCUCCAAGACUGACACCUGGUCCUUUGGAGUGUUGCUGUGGGAGAUCUUCUCCUUGGGCUACAUGCCUUAUCCUUGCAAAACCAACCAGGAAGUACUAGAAUUUGUCACCAGUGGUGGACGAAUGGAUCCCCCAAAGAACUGCCCAGGGCCUGUUUAUCGGAUUAUGACACAGUGUUGGCAGCACAGCCCUGAAUAUCGACCCAAUUUCUCUACCAUUCUGGAAAGAAUAAAGUACUGCACACAGGACCCUGAUGUGAUCAAUACAGAGCUGCCCAUUGAAUGCAGCCCAACACCAGAUGAUGAAGGAAGCACUGUACUGCAUCCAAAUAGUUCCACUGGCAUGGUUCCUUUCCUGGGGAACCCUACCUGUGCACCUCAGACAAACCCCAGAACACUGGAAGACCAUAAUUCAGGGAACAAAUAUGGGCAAUGUCCACAAGAGUUGCUAGUUGAGAACCUUGGUAACUGGAUAGGCAGAGGACCGAGCCUGCCUGUCACCAGUGAUUCCAGCAGUGAGGUUUGGGCUCAGUCAACCAUAGACCCAAAACUGGAUUCCACAAGUCAGCCAAAGCAGAAGUUGAAGAACAAAACCAAAAACCUUUGGAAUCCAACAUAUGGGUCCUGGGUCUUGGAGAACACUUGCCAACCUGGUCCUAGUUCCAAACUCAAUUCAACACAGGAACGAGAAGAUUCCGGGUUUGAUGGGAACUGCAGUUCUUCUCCUAGUUCUCGAGCAUCACCUUCAUCUCCAAGCCAGAACCAUUCACCUCAUAUUGAUAUUGGUGGGAUUGAACUGGUGAAGCUACAGAAUUUUCCCUGUGGCAAUGUGAAUUAUGCUUAUGAUGACCUCUGCUAUGAAGCAAAUAGGCCUUCACCUUUGGCAGCAGAGUCAGCCAUGGUUUUGAGGAGUGCCAGUCUGCAUAGAGACGGCACACUUUUCUCAAAGCCAGAGAAAACCUCAAGAGAGAGAGAUUCUGGCCUCUCCUUGUCUGAUGAUCUGAGCGUCACACCUGUGUAAUAGGGGACACUCUUCCAAAGAGUCAGGCCUUCGCUCUGGGAGUGAUUAUGUCUGGAACAGCAAUGAAAAUGCCUGUUUUUUGUUGUCUCUCCCCUUCCUUCAUUCCAACUGUUCCUCCCACACUCCACAUUUAAGAAACAAAUGGAUUAAUGUUGUUUUGCUCUAGCUGCCAGCACUAUGACUACCCAAUGAAGUAUUUCAAAAUUAUAAAAGUUGAUCCAACCUAUUAAGCUAUUGUUUGUAGUUACAGGAUGUAAUUAGGUCCUUGCUAAUGGUCUAUGGAGGCAGUCACAACCAGUCACCUCCAGUGAAAAAUUAUCCCUACCACAAGAGGUCAGAACUGGCAAAACCAUGAGUUACUGCUAUAGCCCAAUGGUCUGUAAAAUAUUGUACUUCCAGGUGAUUAUUAAGUCUGAUUUAGUGAAUAAGAUAAAAAUAAACUGGGUUUGCAUUGGAUACAAUGACUGAAAGCUAUAGGUACAACAAGGAAUGACCAAUAUUUUCACAAUGGAAGAUCCAAAGUUUGAGGAAUGCAUAUAAAAUAUUUGUGUUCUUCAGAAAAAGCAUUAAAACGUAGGAAACUAAAGUGUCUUUAUUUUAAGAGGAAAGUGGAAUUGAUAUCAUCUUGUUUCCAUUACUGAAUGCUGCUUUGCACCACAAUCUAGUUCAUUUUUAAAAGUCUGGCCCUGGAGGUCUCGGGAAUACCCUUUGAUGCAUUGCAUAGAGUAAACAGGAUUUUUUUUCUUUUAAUAAAUUUACAAGGAACUCUGGGUUUGUUUGUGUUUUAAAAAAGCACUGUUCAAUAGUAGUAAUUCACACUCUUGUAGUAAUUGUUUGAUAAACUGAACAUUCAGGAUAUAUAUUCAGGAAUUUAACAUUCAGGAAUUUAAACUUAUAUAUAUUUAAAUUCAAAGCUCUUCUAAGGUGAAAUAUGAUAAAGACCAUUAUUUGAGGCAAGGCCACCAAGAAACAUUUUUAUUCUUUGUAGGUGUCAUCUGACAUCUUUAAAAAGGCUGGUAAUUGUAUUUGUGUUACUAACAAAUGUCUGCUAAUCAUGUCUAGCAGAUAUCUACUACUUACUUUUAGCAUGCCAAGCUUCAGAGUAGAUGGAUGAAAGGAUACCAGGAAACCAUCACUAUCUACUUCAGCACAUUGUGGGGUAAGGCUGGUGGUAGAAAAACAACAAAGCUUUCCCAUUUUUCUAAAAAGAAUUACAAAUGACUUCUUUACACUACCAGGUCUUUCUGCAGAUGGAAACCUGUUUGAGUUUUUAGAUGUUUACAUCAGCAGAUUGUUUAGCUCAGUAGCCUCAGCAGUGCUUGUUCUAAAAGCAAAGAGAAGUGCCAUGUGUUAUCUUCAAGACUAACUCAUUUACCACAGCUUCUAUGUGUCUGAAGAAAUGGACUGUAGCCCAAAAGAGUUUCUGUUGAAAUAAUUUGGUUGGUCUUAAAGGUGCCACAAGAUACCUUCCCUUUUUCUGUACUGAAAGAUGUUAAGAUGGCUAAUUCUGAAAAUAAACAAUAUAGAGGAUAUACCACAUCUGUAGAAAAAGAAGAACAAGAAGAAGAAGAAGAAGAAGAACUUACAGUAAGAAUCAUAUUCACAUAGAAAAGUACACACCAUUAUUACAAAAUGAAACUAUGAAGUUGUGAAAGUCUUUGCAAGUUUUGCUGCAAUAUUUUAUCUCCCCCCCCCCCCCCAAGCUUAGAAUUCCUAUUCAUGCAGUCAACACAUAGAAGCGGGUAUUUUAUAUCCCUAACAGAGUCAUAUUAUUAUCUCACUUCACCAGAAUAUACUUUUGACCAACUCAAUUUUCCUUCUCACACACCCAUUGACCCAAACAUUAGACCAUUUGGUUACACUCUUGAGUACAUUUAGGACACAGGUCUACAGUCCCUGGAAAGGUAUGCUAUUGUGAGUUCUCCCACCCAGCAGAUCUGUAAGCAAAACAUAUCUUGCACCACACAACCCUUCUCACUCUAAACAUGGAACCUCCACCACCUUUGCUAAGGGUGUGCCAAUGAUGAAAACAGCAAAAAGGAGGAGGAGUAUGUCCUGGACAUAGAGGGGUUUUAAAUGGGUCAGGUACCAAACCUUCACCUUUCUGCAACACAUAUUUUUAUUGGUGAUGGAGAAACACCUGACCUUGGAACCAAUGCGAGAGAUCCCACUCCCAUGUUCUACUACUGUGAGCUAACCAGUUUUGGAUUUAGUUUUCCACCUUAGAGCUCUUUCUGCCCUUCUAGAAUUGCCCUGAAAACAAAAUCCACUGGAAUCCUAAGGAUUGAACUUUAGUACUACAGGCCUCUUAUGACAGGAAUGUGACAGAUUUUCAAGUCAAGAGUUUUUAAAAACUUUGUUGAACCAAUUUUGUAUGAACUGCUCUACAACUACCAAAACAGGGAAUUUUUACGUUGUGUUCCAAUUGUUCUCUCAUGAGUCGUUUCUAAUCAUUGCAUUGAGUUAAGAUUAUUUGUUUCAGACUGCUUUAUGGUUUAGUCUAAAGUAUAAAUAUGCAUACUUGUAUUUAUGUACCAUUGUCACUGUGCAGAUGUAAAGAUCUUCCACCACUUCACUGACACACUUAGAGAGCAUUGACUCAGGUCCAAAUAUAACAAAAGAAUCAAAUAGGAUCACAGUCACAUAUUGGUUCAGGAUGAAGCUGAAAUGAUACUGACCACUAGUCAAGUUGUGGGCACUCUUGAACCUCAUCUUCACCACCUUGCCUCUCUUAGUGAUGCUGAAUUAAUAAAAAUCAUUUCCCAAUGUAAGUUAUUUAAGAUACAGCCCUGGCUAAUAGUUCCCCAUAUUUUCAUAUUAUAGCUGUGUAAUCUAAGUUGAUUGCUUUUGUAAAACACAUUUUAGAAUGGAGGCUUGAUAGCAAAAUGUAUACAAUAAUAUGGAGUUUGAAUUUUUGGGCUUCCCUUGAUGCAUUUCCUUCUAACAACUUGAUUACCACAGCAUCCCUGCAAGUCAUUUUCUUUCCUCCCAAUCUUCCUUCUUUUUUAUGCCCUAUGUCUUUCUCUAGAAGUGUGCUUUAUAUGGACAUCUUGAAUCCAUCACAUCUUUGGCUGGUCUUCUACUUUAAAAAAAACGUUCUAUUUGAUGUGAUCCACCCAUUUACUUUUAAAUCCUUUCUGCAACAGCACAGAGAAACCAUACACCUCAUGAUAAAACUAAGCGAUCUCAGCAUCUUCACCAUUUUUGUACUUACAUGAAUUGCUUUCAAGCGGCACUUACCUCUAACAAUGGCAAUAGUGGUUGCCAUCUUGCCCUUUGGGAUCACUGUUCCGUUUGUGAAUAAUAAGUCUGCUUCUAUGCAAUGUCAAUCCAGACAAGAUGUAUACUUCUAUAUUUGCAAUGCUGAAAUAAACACAUCCUAACAAGC